AUGAUAAAAUUAUUUUUAUCAAAAAGAAGUAAAAUUUCAACAAUAUUUCUUUUGUUGCUUUUAUUAGUUGUAUUUAAGGUUACAAAUGCGUUAAAUAAUUGGAAGAAAAAUUUGGUGUAUCAUAAAUCAAAACAUAUAAGAAGGAAAAGAAAACCCCAAUUAUUUAUUGUAAAUGGAAGUUAUAAGCACGAAUGUAUGUUCGAAAAAAGGGAAAAAAUAAAAAAUAAAAUAAAUUUAUUCCGUUUAAAUUUAAAUAAUUGUUCAAAUAAAAAUGUAGAAUUAGAAAAUUAUAGAAAUAUAGGGAUCAUAGCUCACAUUGAUGCAGGAAAAACAACAACAACAGAAAGAAUACUAUAUUAUACAAAUGUAAUAAAAAAAAUUGGAGAAGUUCAUGAAGGUUUAUCAACUAUGGAUUAUUUAGAAAUAGAAAAAGAAAAGGGGAUUACUAUUAAUGCAGCAGUUACUACUUGUUAUUGGAAUGGCAGUGAAAAAAAUUUAGAAAAUUUUCGAAUAAAUAUUAUUGAUACACCAGGACACGUAGAUUUUACUGCUGAAGUAGAGAAAAGCUUACGGGUUUUAGAUGGGGGAAUUGUUGUUUUUGAUAGUAGUGAAGGUGUUGAAUCACAAUCAGAAACUGUCUGGAAACAAGCCAAUAGGUACAAUAUCAGUAGAAUAAUAUUUUUAAACAAAUUAGAUAAAGUUGGAGCUAAUUUUGAAUCUUGUAUUGAUGAAAUAAAAAGAAAAUUAAAUAAAAAUAUUUUAAUUCUUUAUGUUCCUGUUUUUGAAAUGAGCAACUUUAUUAGCACUAUUGAUAUUUUAAAAGAAAAAAUUAUUGUAUAUAAAAAUUCUCAUGAUUUUAUUUUAGAAGACAUUCCUAAAAGUCAUUAUAAUUUAUUCCUGAAAUAUAAAAAUAUUUUAUAUGAGCAAUUGGCUGAAAAAUUUAAUACAUUUCUUGAUAAUUAUUUAAAUGAUAAAGUUAUGAAUGUUGAAGAAAUUGAAUAUUAUAUUAGAAAAUUAGUAGUUGAAGAAAAAUAUAAUGUAGUCAUAUGUGGUUCAGCUUUAAAAAACAAAAACAUACAUAUGCUAUUAGAUUUAGUAGUCAAAUAUUUACCUUCUCCUAUUGAUUCGAUAAAAAAUUACAAAAAUCAAAUAAUAUAUAUUCACGAUGUAAAUAAAAGAGGAGAAAAGCUAUUAUCUGAAAAUUUUUCUAAUGAUAAGAUAAAAAAGGGAACAAAAACAUAUGCAAAGGAAAUAAGUAACUCGUAUUUGAAUGAAAGUGGAAAUGACAAUUCAGAUGAAAAGAAAGAAAAAGAAAAAUGGGAAUAUUCAAAUAGUAGAGAAGAUAUAGGUAUAGAAAAAGAAAGCACAAAUAAAGAAAAUGAAACAAAUAAUUUUCAUGAAAAAAAGGAUAUGAAAAAAAAAAGUAAAGAUUCAGAUUUUAAUAAUGAAAAAAAUGAAAAAACUCUCAUAAAUAAUUUAGAAAAUAAAGUUAAGGAAGAAAUAAAUUAUAGUAAUUUUAUAUCAGAGGAAUUAAAUGCAUUAAAUAUAAAAAAUUAUAAGAGAAAAUUCAUUGGAUUAAUAUAUAAAAUUAUGAAUGAUCAACAUUUAGGAAAUAUUAAUUAUGUUAGAGUAUAUGAAGGACAAAUAAAUAAAGGUGAUUUUAUUUAUAACAAUAGAACUAAAAAAAGUGAAAAAGUGGCUAAAAUAUUUUUUAUACAUUCUAGUGAACGGUAUGAAUUAGAAAAUGCAAAAGCUGGUGAUAUCGUUGCAAUUGUUGGAUUAAAGGAUACACAAAUUGGUGAUACCUUAAGUAAUAUUUAUUUAAGGGCAGAAUUAAAAAAAAUUAAAGACAUACCACCUAUUAUUAGUUUUUAUAUAUAUAAUAAAAAUAAAAAUGAAUAUGAAAAGUUAAUUAAUGCAUUAAUUAAAAUUAAAAAAGAAGAUCACUCUUUUUUUUAUCACAUAAAUCAAGAUACAAAGGAUUUACUUAUAAGUGGAGUUGGAGAAUUACAUUUACAAAUUAUAAUUAAUAAAAUUCAAAAAGAUUUUAAUAUUCCUAUAAUUUAUGGAAAACCUCAAAUUUCUUAUAAAGAAACAUUUGUUCAAACUGUUCAAGCUAGAGGGAAAUAUAUUAAACAAUCAGGUGGAAGAGGACAAUACGGUGAUGUGUAUAUAAAAAUUGAACCUAUGUAUAAUUAUUCUGAUGAAGAAGAAAAAGAAGAAAACGUAAGAAAUGAAAAUAGAGAAGAAGAAAAAGAGGAUGAAAAUUCUACAAAUAGUUCAGAUAUUAAUACUAUGAAUAUCAAUACAUCAGAAGUAAAUAAUAAUAUUAUUAUAAAAAAUGAAAUUACUUGCGGAGCUAUACCAUCUGCUUAUUUUGAUGCAAUAUAUACUGGAAUAAGAGAACAGUGUAACUUAGGUGUUAUUUUUAAUUCUCCUUUAAUAAAUAUUAUUGUUACUAUUGUAGAUGGAUCAUUUCAUCCUGUUGAUAGUAAUGAACAUGCAUUUAAAUUAGCAGCAGGGCUAGCUAUUAAGGAAGCAGCAAAAAAAACAACUAUUAGAUUAAUGGAACCAAUAAUGAAUUUAAAUGUUACAGUACCAACAGAAUACUUAGGAGAUGUAAUUAGCGAUUUAGUAAAAAAAAGGGGGAAAAUACAACAUAUAAACGAAAGUGAUGAAUAUACAAAAGAAAUAAAUGCUAGAGUUCCAAUGGCCUCUAUUUUAUCGUAUGUUAGUGACUUAAGGAAAAUAACAAAAGGAAGAGGUAAUUAUACUAUGACUCUUCAUAAAUAUUUAUUAGUUCCAGAAUACAUUCAGGAGCAAAUUUUACAAAAGAAAGAUUAA